AUGGCAAAAGCCACGCCUUGUCCACCCAAAGCCCAUCUAGAGUGGGAAGAGCAAAGGAGAAAACUCAUCGAGGCUGUUGAGGAGGAUAAACGUAGAGCUAAGAGACGGGAGGAGAAGGAGAAGGAUGAGAAACUGAAAAAAACAGAGGCCAACCAUGGUGAAGACAAGGAAAAGAGAAAGACUGGGGAGAAGGCAAAGGAGAAGCAUGCAAAAGAGACCAAAACUCCAAAGAACACUGCAGCAGCCAGCAAGACGAAGGAAGAUGAGAAGCCCAGGAAGAAGCAGAAGAUGGCAGAUGAUGUUUCACAGCCAGAAGUGAAGCCAUCGGGCCCUGCAGAAGCAAAGGAAGCAAAGGAGAAGAAAGAUCAGGCCACAGGAGAAAAGAGAAAGACUGAGGAGAAAGCAAAGAAGAAGAAGGCAGGAGAUGAAGAGAAAACGACUGAAGCUCAAGCGAGCGGUGCAGCAGCCAGCAAGACGAAGGAAGAUGAGAAGUCCAAGAAGAUAGAGAAAAAGGCAGAUGAGGUUUCACAGCCAGAAGUGAAGCCAUCGGGCUCUGCAGAAGCAAAGGAAGCAAAGGAGAAGAAAGAUAAGGCCAAAGGAGAGAAGAAAAAGACUGAGGAGAAGGCAAAGAAGAAGGAGGCAGGAGAUGAGAAGAAACAGACCGAAGCCCCAGCGAGCAGUGCAGCAGCCAGCAAGACCAAGGAAGAUGAGAAGUCCAAAAAGAUGGAGAAAAGGCCAGAUGAAGUUUCACAGCCAGAAGUGAAGCCAUCGGGCCCUGCAGAAGCAAAGGAAGCAAAGGAGAAGAAAGAUAAGGCCACAGGAGAAAAGAGAAAGACUGAGGAGAAAGCAAAGAAGAAGAAGAAGAAGGCAGGAGAUGAAGAGAAAAAGACUGAAGCUCGAGCGAGCGGUGUAGCAGCCAGCAAGACGAAGGAAGAUGAGAAGUCCAAGAAGAUAGAGAAAAAGGCAGAUGAGGUUUCACAGCCAGAAGUGAAGCCAUCGGGCUCUGCAGAAGCAAAGGAGAUGAAAGAUAAGGCCAAAGGAGAGAAGAAAAAAACUGAGGAGAAGGCAAAGAAGAAGGAGGCAGGAGAUGAGAAGCAAAAGACCGAAGCUCCAGCGAGCAGUGCAGCAGCCAGCAAGACGAAGGAAGAUGAGAAGCCCAGGAAGAAGCAGAAGAUGGCAGAUGAUGUUUCACAGCCAGAAGUGAAGCCAUCGGGCCCUGCAGAAGCAAAGGAAGCAAAGGAGAAGAAAGAUAAGGCCAAAGGAGAAAAGAGAAAGACUGAGGAGAAGGCAAAGGAGAAGGAGGCAGGAGAUGAGAAGACAAAGACCGAAGCUCCAGCGAGCAGUGCAGCAGCCAGCAAGACGAAGGAAGAUGAGAAGACCAAGAAGAAACAGAAGAUGGCAGAUGAUGUUUCACAGCCAGAAGUGAAGCCAUCGGGCUCUACAGAAGCAAAGGAAGCAAAGGAGAAGAAAGAUAAGGCCACAGGAGAAAAGAGAAAGACUGAGGAGAGGCCAAAGGAGAAGAAGGCAGGAGAUGAAGAGAAAAAGACCGAAGCUCCAGCGAGCAGUGCAGCAGCCAGCAAGACGAAGGAAGAUGAGAAGCCCAAGAAGAAGCAGAAGAUGGCAGAUGAGGUUUCACAGCCAGAAGUAAAGCCAUCGGGCUUGGAGAAGAAGGCAGGAGAUGAGAAGAAAAAGACCGAAGCUCCAGUGCGCAGUGCAGCAGCCAGCAAGACGAAGGAAGAUGAGAAGCCCAAGAAGAAACAGAAGAUGGCAGAUGAGGUUUCACAGCCAGAAGUGAAGCCAUCGGGCUCUGCAGAAGCAAAGGAAGCAAAGGAGAAGAAAGAUAAGGCCACAGGAGAGAAGAGAAAGACUGAGGAGAAAGCAAAGGAGAAGAAGGCAGGAGAUGAAGAGAAAAAGACCGAAGCUCGAGCGAGCAGUGCAGCAGCCAGCAAGACGAAGGAAGAUGAGACGCCGAAGAAGGAAAAGAAGACCAACAGCAAGGCGACAAGGAAAGAAGGAGAAGAGAAGCAGCAGGAUGAGCAGGAUCACACUGAGAUGAGCCUUGUCCUGGCAGUGCCCAGACCGUUGGUUGCGACCAGUGCAGCCGGUGGAAGUGAAGGAGAUAAACCCACUGAGAAGGAGCAACAGGAUGGCAAGAGCAAACAUAUCAAACCAAAGAGAAAGGCAGAGACACAUGAAGAUGACAGGAAUGCAAAAGCCAUAAAGGAUGGUAAAGACGAUGGAAAAGCAAAGGAAAGUCUAAGUCAGGAGAUGUUGAUCGAAAAGACAUCGACUUUGGAAAGCCUCGAUUUCGGAGGACUUCUGUCACCACCCUUUUCUCAGAAGAGCCGAGUCACUCGAGAUUUGGACUCUGAAUUCGAUGAGGCAGCAGACCCUUAG